CCCACUUCCCCUUUUCCCCCCAUCGAUGAGUGCGUAAUGGUACCACUGAGUGUUUCUGAAGUCUAGCUGUCCGCGGAGUGCUGGGGAAGAGCUGCGAUUCAUUGUUUAUUAGGGAAAAGGAGCGGGCGCCUCAUCGCGACGGACGGCGACGCGCUGCUGGCAGGUGCCUGAACAGAACCUCCUGUCUCCUCGAAAGCUGAGAGGGAAAAGCGCAGUGGAAUCCAUAUUCACUGAGAAACUAGUACCUUUGGGCAGAACUGGUCAUGCCAUUUGGCUGCUUAACUCUCGGGGAGAAAAAGGAAUACAACAAUCCCUCAGAGGUGACUGACAAGUAUGAUCUGGGACAGAUCGUUAGAUCGGAGGAAUUCUGUGAAAUUUUCCGAGCCAAAGACAGGAAUACGAUGAAAAUGUACACUUGUAAAAAAUUUAUGAAAAAGGAUGGAAGAAAAGUACGGAAGGCUGCCAAGAAUGAGAUUUUUAUUUUAAAAAUGGUGAAGCAUCCUAAUAUUCUGCAGCUGGUUGAUGUCUUUGAGACCAGGAAAGAGUACUUCCUAUUUCUGGAACUGGCCACCGGCAGGGAGGUGUUUGACUGGAUCCUGGACCAAGGAUAUUACUCUGAGAAGGAUACCAGCAAUGUCAUUCGACAAGUGAUGGAGGCGGUGGCCUACCUGCAUUCACUGCAUAUUGUUCAUAGAAACCUCAAGCUGGAGAAUUUGGUGUAUUACAAUCGUCUGAAGCACUCCAAAAUUGUUAUAAGUGAUUUCCACUUGGCCAAGUUGGAAAAUGGACUUAUUAAAGAACCCUGCGGUACACCAGAGUAUCUGGCUCCAGAGGUAGUUGGGAGACAAAGAUAUGGCCGACCAGUUGACUGCUGGGCCAUUGGUGUCAUAAUAUAUAUAUUACUGUCAGGAAAUCCCCCAUUCUAUGACGAGUCCGAUGAUGAUGACUACGAGAAUCACGACAAGAACCUCUUCCGGAAGAUCCUGUCUGGAGAUUACGAGUUUGAUUCACCAUACUGGGAUGACAUUUCGGAUUCAGCGAAAGGGUUGGUGUCCUGUCUUAUGGAAGUGGACCAGGACCAGAGGUUGACAGCUCAGGAAGCUAUCACCCAUGAAUGGAUUUCUGGAAAUGCAGCAUCAGACAAGAACAUUAAAGAUGGUGUCUGUGCACAGAUUGAAAAGAAUUUUGCCAAAGCCAAGUGGAAGAAAGCAGUGAGGGUCACAACCCUUAUGAAGAGACUCCGGGCUCCCGAACAGGCUGCUUCUGCAGCGGCCAACCCCACGGCAGAAUCCUUGACCACCCCGGCGCCUCAAAGCAGCUCGCUUGCAUCGCCAGCUGUGGCCCCCGGCAGCACCCCUGACAGCACAGAGCCUUCCACUACCAACAAAGACACAGAGAGCAAACCUGACAGCGUGGGUGUGAUGAAAGUCCCCGACUCUGCCCCUGAAGUGGGCAACCUGUCAUCACUGAGUAAUGGGGAGGCUCCUGCCCCAGAGCAGAUACCCUCAGAGACCUGGGAUGAGCAGAAUGGUUAAACAUGCCCACUCUGCCCUCGCAUUCUGUAUAUUAGCUGGUGGUAUGGUGGCCAUGUAUCUGCUUACCUGCUCACCCGCAGCUUUCGUACGGUAUGGUCUUAUAAAGCCUGUGUUCUCUCUUGGUUUAUGGGAUGGCCUAUGUUAAUCUCUCCAGAGAGUUUAUGUAUACUGCUUUUUCUGCAUUGUCCCUCUCUUGACGCUCGUUCCAGCCUUACUGAUGCCUUUCUUGUUGAAUAUGGAACAGCAGCCAGCAGAUGCUUAAACUAUCCUUGUUUCCACCAGAGCAGAUCUAGGUGGUCUGUCUUUUCUGUAAUUUACCCCUCAUACUUAGUCCUCUUUAUUGUUAUGGGAAUUCGUGUAUUUCCCUGUAUAAAUGGGAAUAGUUUAUAUUAUCUGUUCCCUGUUUUAUUUUAUUUUUCUUUUUUGCUUGACAGGUAAGACAGCAUACCUGUAGUGCUCUUUUAGCUGUGUAGUACUCAGUGUCUAAAUUUCAUACAAUAAUGUAAAUAAAACUGAUAGAUAUAGAAGCAAUCUAAUGCACCUAUCCAUCCACACAUUGCAUAGUUGCUAAGUUCAAGUUACAAAAAAAAAAAAAAUUGUGUCAAGCAGUCCAUCCCUUUAAUAAGAUAAAGGUAACAAGAUUCAGGUUGAUCUUGCCUUUUGUGGAAGAAAUGCAAGAUUGUAUAAAUGUUAAACUUCACUCUGCUCUUCUAAAAGAAACAAAGAACUCCAUAAGUGUUUAAUUGCUGUACAUAGAAAGUGCUGUAAAGGUAGCGAAACAGAAUGCAACCAAACAUUUAAUGUUAAUUUAGUAUUGCUUGUGAGCAAAAUUGUGUAUACUCACUACAAGCAAAUACCAUUGUCAUGUUGUAUAUUUGUUAACGUUGGUGACUGAAUUUUCCUUUGAAAUGUGCAUUAUUAGAUUAGUAUGCCAUAAUCGCAAGACCACAAGAUAUAUAUCUAUAGUAUAUCAAUAAAUAUUCAGCAAAGAAAGUCUCACAUUGUGUAUGACAUCAUGUGCCCCUACUUCAUUUAAUAUUACAUGAACUGUGUAGUGCGUAUCUAGGUAAAUGAUGAAAAUCCCGUAAAUCUAUAUAGAAUAUAUAGAUAAAAUUGUAUGGAAUAUAAACUGUGUCUGAUUAUUUUGAUUUUGCAAUUUGCACAACAUGUUACUGCAUGUUAUUGUAUUGAGUUGGCAGGGACGAGAGCAUAAUGUCGUGGUAUGCAUUUUCAAACUUGAUGCAUAUACGUCUUUUGGUCCAGGCAUUGCAGAUCUCCUUUGAGCUCUUGCUUGAAUUAAUCCCUUUGGUUGUUCUUGCGAUGAAAGUUUUUUUUUUUGCUCUGGUUGCUAUGCACCAGAUUACUGCUCUGUGAAAUACCAGUAUUAUAAGCUAAGGAUUUCCUAUGUUAAAAUGUUUUUUUUUUGUUUAAAAUCAGAAUGAACUUGUUGUACUGCAUUUUCUUUAUUUAUUGAUUUAUAUAUUGUUGUUAAUUUAAUGUGAUUUGAUGUUUCUUAUCAUUUCCUUUUUAAUGAAUAAUAGAACAGCAGAAUUCACUGUUGGGAAUGUCCCAGAUUAUACUGCUGUCAUACUGGUAUCAGUGGUAUUAUCGUAGCCAUGAAGCUGUGAUGCUGUACUUUGUAAUCUCUAAUUUAUAUAUGAGCAAAAGUCAAACUGCUAAUUACACUCAUUAUUUGCCCUUGAGAUGCUUUUAUCCUGAUUGACUUACAUGAAUUGCAGUAGUUUUCGUCUUUACCAUUUAUGCAGCUGCUGGAAAUUUGUAACAACGCACUCACGGUUAUGACAGCAGUAGCCGUUCUUGGAUCUGACCCUAACCCUAAGCCUAACCCUAACCCUAACCCAGCCACUGUAUCAUGGUCUCCUUUGACAAAAUGCUUGUUUCCACAUUGAUUCCAGAAAGCACUGGUGGUUUCUGCGCUAUUUUCUUAACAGCCAGCACACUUUCCAACUAGUCAUCAGUUCCAACAAUAAACUUCACAAAUCUGUGACCAGAAAAACCCUUUUUUGUGUAAUUAUUUAACACAAAGGUGAUGUCAGUUUUCAGGGAGACAAACUUUUCUGUUUUUUUUUUCAGUGUUACACUAAUACUAGAUAUUAUUUCAAAACAGAUACCACUACAAUCACUAGUGAAAAUAUAGGCAUAUUACUAACAACAAACUUUGGCUUAUUUAUAUGUUCUAAACAAAUGUGAUAUAUUGUGAGUAGAGUUAUAGUACUAGAUUUUUAUAUUGUAUCCAAACCAUAUGGUUUAUAUUAAAAUUGAAAUUUUACUUGGGGAAAGAAAUAUUUAUCAUCUGGUCUUUAACUGCUGAUAGCAGCAACAAUAUUCUGUAGUUAUGAGAGCUGCAGCAAUGACUGUACUUCACAGCUUUACAAAGCAAUGCCUUUUUGCAUACACAUUCUGUGGUACAAAUAAUUAAAAGUGUUAAUUUCUUCAUGCACUUACUGAUGGGUUUAUAAUUGUAUUUGUCUCUGCUCUGGGAAACCAGUAGUCUCGUCUCUACAUGUAAUUCUUGUAUUCUUUGAAAUUUGAUGUUAAUAAAACACAUAUGUGAAAAUUAA